AAAGAGUAUUGCGUUAAAAUCCACAGGGAAUCUCUCUGACUCCUCCUAACUCUUACUCCACAACAAAAUCUCGUUUAGGACUCAUCUUCCUUGUUCACUCUUCACUCUCUAAUCAAUUAUCUCUGGAUAUUAAGUAGAUUUCUAAAAUAGCUUAAAGUUGCUUGACGACCUUGAUCGUCAAAAAUUCUCAGGGUGCUCAACAAUUUGGAGUUCUUUUUCAGGCUUACCUUGAGAAAUGGACAACAAUCUUUCUCCAGAAGACAAUGACAACAUUGACUGGGAUACUGAAGAUGAAUUAGAAAUACAGGAAAUACAGGACACAACAUUUUCCUCAUGCAUGGAUUUAAGAACUACUGGACAGCAUACUGUUAGAUGUGAUGGGGAGGCAAGCUCAUCAUCAGUACCCUGUCAGUCCAAGUUCAUUCAGCAGUUUGUAGUGAUGGGAUUUCCUGAAGCAUCUAUUGCAAAAGCAAUAGAGCAAAAUGGAGAAGAUUCAGAUUUGGUGUUGGAUGCUCUUUUGACAUUCAAGGCCCUUGAAGACUCUCCUGAAGAACAACCCAGUGCUAGCCCUCAACCCUGCAUUAAUUCUGACGAUAGCUCUUCUGAAUACAACGAGAACUUUCUGGAUGAUGCGUAUGAGGAAGAUAGUUGGUCCUCCGACUCUGACAGCUGUAGAAAUUCUGCUAAACAAUGCUACGUGAAAGUUGAGAGCAGUUCUUCGUCUGAAAAAGAGAAGACUUUAUUGUUCUUGGCAAGUAUGGGAUACCCCAUGGAAGAGGUUUCCAUAGCAAUGGAGAGAUGUGGUCCAGAAGCAUCGGUUGCUGAAUUGACAGAUUUCAUAUGUGCUGCUCAAAUGGCAAGAGCAGAAGAUGUCUAUCUGCCAGAAGAUGUAAAGCCAAAACUGAACCAUAUAUUGAAUGGUAGUGGUGGAUACAAGAAGAGGAAGAUGUACAAUGAAUUGUGCAAAAGAAAAAAGGCAAAGGCGAUUUUUGAGGAAGAGACAAUUCGUUUGCCUAAACCUAUGAUUGGAUUUGGAGUUCCUACCGAACCAGUUCCAGCAAUGGUUCGAAGAACUCUUCCCGAGCAAGCUGUUGGACCCCCAUUUUUCUACUAUGAAAAUGUGGCUCUAGCUCCAAAGGGUGUGUGGGACACAAUUUCUAGAUUUUUGUAUGAUAUUGAGCCCGAGUUUGUCGACUCCAAAUAUUUUUGUGCCGCCGCAAGAAAAAGGGGUUAUAUUCAUAAUCUGCCGGUUGAAAAUAGAUUUCCUUUGUUUCCGCUUGCCCCACGUACCAUUCAUGAGGCACUUCCCCUAUCAAAGAAAUGGUGGCCAUCUUGGGAUCCACGGACAAAGUUAAAUUGUUUGCAAACAGCCAUUGGAAGUGCACAAUUGACGAAUAGGAUUAGGAAGGCUGUGGAGGACUAUGAUGGUGAGCCACCAAUGAGAGUUCAGAAGUUUGUUCUUGAUCAAUGUCGGAAGUGGAAUUUGGUGUGGGUUGGGAGAAACAAAGUUGCUCCUUUGGAGCCUGAUGAAGUUGAAAUGCUAUUGGGAUUUCCAAAGAACCAUACCAGGGGAGGUGGUAUAAGUAGGACCGAUAGAUACAAGUCGCUUGGUAAUUCAUUCCAGGUUGACACUGUGGCAUACCAUUUGUCGGUAUUGAAAGACUUGUUUCCCGGUGGUAUCAACGUCUUAUCACUCUUCUCUGGGAUUGGCGGUGGUGAAGUUGCUCUUUAUCGUCUCGGUAUUCCACUAAAAACAGUGGUUUCUGUGGAAAAAUCUGAAGUCAACAGGGAUAUUGUGAGAAGCUGGUGGGAGCAAACUAAUCAGAGAGGGAAUCUUAUACAUUUUAACGAUGUGCAGCAGCUGAAUGGAGACCGCUUGGAGCAACUGAUAGAGUCAUUUGGAGGAUUUGAUUUGGUAAUUGGUGGAAGCCCGUGCAAUAACCUUGCAGGCAGUAACAGAGUGAGCAGGGAUGGGCUUGAAGGCAAAGAGUCUUCCCUAUUUUAUGACUAUGUUCGGAUAUUGGACUUGGUCAAGUCCAUAAUGUCCAGACAUAGACAUUAGUAGACAAGUAGUAGGUUAUAUCAUCCCAACUGCCGUUACUUAUGCUAGAUUAACAAGUUCAAAGCAGGCGUAAAUGUAAAUCCAACUAUUGUAGUUGACAGCAGUAAUAGGAGGCAUUUGAUUAAGCAAUUGAAUUCAUCAUCCAACUGUGCGUUGCUUUAAGAAGGUGGAGCAAAUGAACAAAGGUAGAGAAAAGCAGUGAGACCUUACUUAAGAGUACCGAUUGAUUGUUGCUGAAACUUCAAAUCUUUUAGAAAUCUUUUAUUUUCGAACAUUUUCAAGCUUCUGUAUGCUAAUUCUUGAAUUGUAAACAUUAUUAUAUAUUUUGACUCUUUGGAUAUUACCCUUGGAUAUGAUGGGAUUAUUGGAAUAUGAUUCUGGUUAACUUCCUCAA